AAAAAUGAAAAUCACUUGAGAAAAAUAUGGUUCCCAAACUAAGGCUUAGUGCACGGCCUUUAAAAUGGUAAGAAUAUGUUACUUAGAUCUACGAACUUGGACAGUCGCGUGAACGUUUCUAUGCCAAUUUAGCAAUAUCAGUAUGACAUGAUUUUGUAACCCAUUCUUACCUUUUCUCUCGUUAAUAAAUCGAUCCUUAUGUAUUCUAUUAUGCCGACCUUAGCGCUUGUGGACACCGAGCUAGGUUAGCGUGAGAGAAGAAAUAAGUAAAGAUCCAUUCAUAAAAGAGGGAAGGGACGGGAUUAUUAUAUUAAAUAUAAGGGUUAGUUUGGGAAUCCUAUUUUUCAAUAGAUUUUUAUUUUUCGUAGAUAAAUUAGUUUAUUUUGUUUUAGAAAAAUUAAAAUCCAUUAGAAAAAGCAGUGUUCACAAACUAGCUCUAAAAAGAAUUCCACGCGUAGUAUGGAAUACGGCUGCCGCAUUUAACUUAAAAAGAAGGUUUACGAGAGAAACGUACGUGCAUGCACUUCCGUAGGCCCGUCGCUUCCUGCGCGAGAAAGCAAGAGUGGCCUCUCUUGAGAAGAAACCACCUGUAGCACACGUAUGGUGGGGCUAAAAAGAAGAACAAUUCUCUCUGUCUCUCUCUCUGCCCCAUGUUGUUUGGGGCAAACUUGCAGGUUUAGCGCUCAAGAAGAUAGCGUACAGGUCCUACAGGAGUACUGCUGGUUAAAAGUUGUGACGCAUCGAUGGGCGGCAGAGGAAGGCCGAGGCAAAGGCAAUCAGGUGUGGGGUCAACGUGGCAUCCGUGGGACCCUUCGGUCAGCUGCUCAUAUUUCCCCUGCUCCUCAUCGUGCCAAGACGCGGAUCGAGUGCCGCUGAUAAGUGGGCUCGGGCUCGCACGACACGACGGAGGCAUCCAGCAAGCGAAGCGACUCCUGCGAGCCGACGACGCGUACUCGCAGGCCGCACCCGUGCACGCCUCUGACGCUGACGCCUCAACAGCCCGCAGCGCUCGGCGUGCGCGAGGCCGCCCGCUGCCGCCGCCCAGGAAAAAAUGAACGGCGGUCUUUGCCAACUCCCAGGCUACUUAUUUACUGCGUCACAUAAAGGUCACGACGCAACCGCAACUCCCUGCUGCUUCUUUGGGGGUGCCGGUGCGAUGUUCCACGCCACGCUGCGCCCUGCUCGCCCGCCUAGCGCUAUAUAGCCCGUGCCCGUGUCCGUGUCCGUGUCGUGCAGCGGAUUGCGGAGUGGCAUUGGGUUGGCAGCACGCCCCUGCACACGGUGACACGGGCCACGGCGCGGCGCGGCGCGGCACGGGGAGCGAGCGCCGAGCGAGAGCAAGCAACCGCUGUCCGCCGGGCCGGCCACGGCGCUGCCCCCUGCUUCGCGCCUUCGCCGGUGCGCUCACGCCUCACGCAGUUGUGUUCCUCUCUCUCUCUCUCCCACGCGCGGGCUUUCUGGACCGGUGGACGGACGGCUGCUCUGCUCCUUCAAGCCCCCGGCCGCGGUCGUGAAGCUGACGCAGAGGAGGUGCAUGCAUCGACCUACGGUAUCCUAGUCUGGGAUCAGAAAAGAACACAGCAACAACAAAGAAGAAAGGCGCGAGCGAUGGACGGUGACGCCGGACCAGAGCAACACGGGUGCGUGCACUACAGGAGGGGGUGCAAGAUAAGGGCGCCGUGCUGCGGCGAGGUAUUUGGUUGCAGGCACUGCCACAACGAAGCCAAGGACUCGCUGGAGGUCAGCGUCCACGACCGCCACGUGCUUCCCCGUCACGACAUCAAGCUGGUUAUCUGCUCUCUCUGCAACAAAGAACAGGAUGUAAGUUCCCUGACGAAGCAGGGACAGUGUUCUUCGGCCACUGUUGGUGUUACCUGCCACACACCACAUGAAAAAAAAAACCCAUCUCGUCUGUCGACAGGUGCAGCAAGACUGUGCGAACUGCGGAGCAUGUCUCGGCAAAUACUUCUGCGCGAAAUGCAACUUCUUCGACGACGAUGUAAGCUCUCCCCCCCUUUUUUUGAUGUGUUAAGCGAAGUGGCCGAUGGGAUUUUACGCGCUAAUUUAGAUGUAAUUUCAGAAGUGUUCCCUCUUCUGUUUUCUCCGGUUUUGUUGUCGCGUUCCCUGGCAUUUCAGGUGUCGAAGAACCAAUUUCACUGCGAUGGGUGCGGCAUAUGCAGGACUGGUGGCGCAGAGAAUUUCUAUCACUGUGGCAGAUGUGGAUGCUGCUACACCACUACGCUGAAGGAUUCUCACCGCUGCGUGGACGGAGCUAUGCAUCACAACUGCCCUGUCUGCAUGGAGGCGAUAUCUAUUCGACUCGAUGAAAGCUAUCAGCGUGCUCCACUGCGGACACACCAUCCACCUGGAAUGCCUUUACGAGAUGAGAGCGCACCAGCAGUUUUCAUGCCCGGUGUGCCUGAGGUCUGCCUGCAACAUGUCCGACAUCUGGCAAAAGCUGGAUCAGCAGGUUGCAGCGUCCCCGAUGCCAGCGAUCUAUCAGAAGAAGAUGGUAUGGAUCCUUUGCAACGACUGUGGCGUGACGUCCAACGUGCAGUUCCACAUCUUGGCGCACAAGUGCCCUGGAUGCAGCUCUUACAACACCCGGCAGACGAGGGGCGAUCCAGCCGCAUGCUCUAGAGUUUGAGAGCAAAUAAAACUGCAGUACUGCACUGCACAUAAACUCGUGGGGUUGUGCGGUCGAUCGAUAGGUAGCUUGCAUGGAGGAAAUUAAAGACUACCAUUGCGCAUGGACACGAUUGGUGCCGGCAGUUGAGUACGUGUAUUAGGCCUGUCAUAUGUAGAUGUAUCAUAUGCUAUGCCUUCGCAAAGAAGAAUUUGGCGCAGCGGACAGGGUAUAUACAUUUCUUUUGUUGCUAUAUAUACACACAUAUUUUUGUUGCGCGGU